AGGAAUCCAGACAGGAUUAUCAACAGCAGACGCCGCCAAGCGAUAUUUCUGGCUUUAGUUUACCUUCACCGGUCGGACUGCAUCGACAUUUCCAUCUAGACCAACGUGAGGAGAGAGGGACCUUUGUAUGGCAGCUGGCUGCUGGCCCUCCUCUCUCCCGGUACCGUGCAGCUGUAGCAUCCGUCGUCACAGCCUCCAAACUGACGGGAUGACUGAGAGAACCGAGCCCCCUCACACACCAACACGAGGUCAGGGUGAGCCCCACAUCACAUUAGCAGCUGGUGGACAGUGUGGAUGAGUGAACCCAGGAGCUGUGGUUGACCCUGUCCUUCACUAGGGUGCUGACUUGAGUAGAUGUAUACAUAAUAUUUUUUCUUUAAUAUUUGAGCAGUAACCCAGGAUAUGCUGCGGCCUUCAUCAGGGUAAAUCUGGAAAGCAGAGGCAAUCACAGAGUUGCAGUCUUGUGUACAGAUAUAUCAUCAGGUCAUCCACAGAGAGGGUUUGAUCAUCCACAUUAUGAUGGUGGGAGUCCCCAUCACCUCAUGCCUCAGGACUCCUGCGGUCUAACAGACAUCUUGGUUCCCCUGUGGGAAAGACCAGAGCAACUGGAGCACGGUGGUCUGUCAGCACCAUGGACUACCAUGCUGAGUGCUGCUUCUGCGACCCAGAGGACGGUCAUGGUGGCCCGGAUGAGCCACCGCUCCACAGUAUCCACGCGCCCAACCGGAUCCGCCCGUCCUCGUACCGAGCCCUCAGGAGCGCCGUGUCCAGCCUGGCCCGCAUCGACGACUUCUUCUGUGAGAAGAUUGGUUCAGGAUUCUUCUCUGAGGUCUUCAAGGUGCAGCAUCGAAUCACAGGGCAGGUGAUGGCACUGAAAAUGAACACGCUGGCUAGCAACAAAGCUAACAUGCUACGAGAAGUUCAGCUCAUGAACAGGCUCUGCCACCCCAAUAUACUCAGGUUCCUUGGGGUUUGUGUGCAUGAAGGUCAACUCCACGCUCUGACUGAGUAUAUAAAUGGAGGUAACCUGGAGCAGCUUCUAGACAGUGAUCUGCACCUGUCGUGGGACAUCAGGAUCCGUCUGUCUCUGGACAUCGCCCGGGGGCUGCAGUACCUGCACAGCAAGGGCAUAUUCCACAGAGACCUCACCUCCAAGAACUGUCUGGUCCGCUGUGACAAUGGCAUGUUCACUGCAGUGGUGGGAGACUUCGGCCUGGCAGAGAAGAUCCCUGAUUACAGUGACGGUGUGGAGAAGCAGCCUCUGGCUAUCGUGGGCUCCCCGUACUGGAUGGCUCCUGAAGUCCUGAGGGGAGAGCUGUACGAUGAGAAGGUGGAUGUGUUUGCGUACGGCAUCAUCCUGUGUGAAAUCAUCGCCCGGAUUGAAGCUGAUCCUGACUUCUUACCCAGGACAGAGGACUUUGGUCUGGAUGUGGAUGCAUUUGAGAACAUGGUUGGGGACUGUCCACCUGCGUUCUUUAGCCUCGCGGUCACCUGCUGUAACAUGAGUGCAGAAAGGCGCCCCACGUUCGCUGACAUUGUCUUCACACUGGAGCGCAUGGAGAUUGAGGAGGAGAGUGAGAAGCCCGUCGAACUCGAGCCGGUGGCAGUGGACGUCAGCCCCUACCGGCGCCGCAGCUCUCCAUGCCACCCCGCUGACCGCAGCCAGCAACGGCAAGGAUUGGCGAGGAGCCAGUCAGACAUGUUACCCCCGGCGACCCUGACCCCCCCUCUCCUGGGUACCCCUGCGAGGGUCAACCCCUUCUCUCUCAGACAGGACCUUAACGGGGGGCGGUGUAAACUCUUAGACACACCCAGCAAGUCCGUCAUCUCCCUGACCUUCACUCUCCCAGCGCUUCGCGACCUGUGCGCCUCCCCUCAUCUUCUCAGAGGGACGCCGGGGAUGCGACCGCCGCAGAGGAGGUGCCAGUCGCUCCCUUGCACCCCAGAGCUCAGCCGGACUGUAGCCUCGCCAAGAGACACGGAGGGGAAGGAGGAGGACAAGGACAAGGACAUCAGAGUGGCAGAGGAUGUGGAGGACAGGAGCGAGAAGACAGAGUUGUCAGAGAGGGUGGAUGAGAGGCUGCAGGUGGAGGUAACUGAGAGGAGAGAGCUGUUACGGGAGGAGGCGGGACUGGGGGAGGAUUCAGGUCUUCCUGUGGAGUUGGAGAUGGUCUCUCUGGAGCGGCUGGAAGAGGAGGACGAGGACGAGGAGAGUGUGAGUCUAACAGAACCCAUGGACUGCACCAAGUCUCCAGAGCCGGCAGAAGGAAUCCUGGACUGCAUACCAGGAAGACCCCUGCUCACCUCCUCCUCCUCCUCCUGCUCCUCUGUACGAACCAAUGGCUGGCGACUUCCCAUCUGCAACGGACCGCGCUCCUCGCCUCCUCUGCCACGGCUGGACAACAACAACGGUUCAGCCCUCGUGAUUGGCCAGCAGGUGCAAUGGGGUGGGGGAGGGCAGGCUAAUGGUUACAAUGGAGCCCAGGUCCUGUCCUCAGACCCUGGCGGCCCCGCUGAGCAGGAUGAGGUCAUUUCCUGUCCAGGCUGCUGUCUGGUAGGUCUGAGUUUCCCCUCAGUGUGCCUCCGUGGUUCAGCUGCCGUGCCUGCCCCCCGCCGAAGGGCUUCGUUACCACGGCAGCGACCCUACCGCAACCUCAACGGUACCAUCACCGGUGGCAGCACUUCGUCGUCAGCAGUAGCCGCCAUGGCAACCAAAGCUCUGCUGUGUCGCAGCACAAAUGGUCUGGUAGUGGCCGGGCCCUCGGUGCCAUGUGAGCCUGGCCGCUCACUGCCAGAGGCCCAGACUUAGACCCGCUCAGAGGGGGACGGACAGACACGGCCCCUGGCCUCUGAGAUGUGAAUUUAAAAAACAGGGAAGCAUGUUAGAGUGCCACCUGGUAGGCUGGAGGAGUAAACACAACAAAUCAAUGUGACAGUGAAGAAGGAGGAGGCGGGAGGUGGAAUGAACUCAGCUGGACCGGAAGGGGGCCAAAGGUCAUGGUCAGGGUCAACUACACAUCACUGCUGCUAGAAAAGGUGCUGACCCAAACAGAGCAGCUAGUCCGACCAACAGCGACAAGCUCUUUCUCUGCUGAACCACAUCAAACCCAACUCAACCGGCACUCCACUGUGCCGGCCUCAGUCCUGCAGGCCGACAUGACUGAGUGAACAACUUAUAGAUUACUGUCAGUUUAUUAUAACCUGGCUCUUAUUUUUGUAGUUCUGGCCAGUGGAGCGAGCAACAUUCAGAUGAGUCUGAUUUGUAAGAGAAACAGAUGGUGGACAGGAGAAUAAUGUGCAUGACUGUCCAUUGUAAACAUCCAUGACAGUUUACAGACCUCUGUCCUCUCUCAACAACGUCACCAUCAUGGAUAUAAAUGCUGGUCAAAGCUACAAAAAUAGGUCCCUUAUAACUAAUACAGCUAAUAAACAGGGAUUAUCCUUUACUAGUACAGAUGUCUUUGGUAACAGGUAAUUCACUGUCCCUCGCUUUAUGGAGGACGUUUGGUAGAACUGCUGUUGUGCACUGCAGUCCAGGUUCUUGGUGGCAGGAACAGAAAAUGACAGAGUGAAUGUGGUUUACCUCUGCCAGCACAGUGUGACUGCGGGUGAUGUGCACCUGCAGCACAGUUUUUGAUUCUAUUUAACUGAUUAACAUUAGCUACAGGGGGAAUAUUUAUAAAAAUGAAUAAAGAUUAACUUACAUUUACAUUUAUUUAU